UUUAAUUAAGGAUCUGGAAUGGAACGUAUUUCGGGAGAGAAUGGGUCCUAAAAUGAAGGAGAGCCUUAACUGAGUCUCAUCCUUAUUUAUUUAACAAGUAAUUUCAUUGCAUUAUUCAAAAGCUCACAUCACACACAUUCAUUCAUUUGUUCAUUCACUGAUUCAUUCAUUAAUUCACAUUCCCAACACCCAAAAGUAGUUAUCAAAACCGCAACCAUAGAGUCCCAGAGGAUGUCUUGGCAAACCUACGUGGACGAGCACUUGAUGUGCGAUAUUGAUGGCUCAGGCCAGCACCUCACCGCAGCCGCCAUCAUCGGCCAUGACGGUUCUGUCUGGGCCCAGAGCGCAAACUUCCCUCAGGCAAAGAGUCAAGAGAUAACCGACAUAAUGAAGGAUUUUGACGAACCAGGGCAUCUGGCGCCAACAGGGUUGCACAUUGCUGGAACCAAAUACAUGGUGAUCCAGGGUGAGCCAGGUGCUGUGAUUCGCGGCAAGAAAGGAUCUGGAGGGAUCACCAUUAAGAAAACCGGUCAAGCUCUUGUUUUUGGAAUCUAUGAGGAGCCUGUAACUCCUGGUCAGUGCAACAUGGUCGUUGAGAGGUUGGGCGAUUACCUCGUUGAUCAGGGUCUCUAGAAGACCUCCCUCCUACUAUAAUUACUAUUGUUUCAUCAUUUCUUUCUUUGCUGCUACAUUUUUCCCCUUUUUUUCUUAUCAACCCUAAAUUAAAUUGGGAGUUGUUACGUUAC